AUGUCGCUGUCAGUCUUUGUCGCCCACUCGGGCAAGCGGCUCGACGCCGACCCCGUCGUCUUCAGCUCCUUGGACGCCCUCAAAGCCUGGCUUCACAAUGCGACCAAGGUUCCGCCGCAGGACCAGAUCCUGCUCACCCCGCGCGGCAAGCACGUCAAGUUGCAGACUCUCCUGACCGAGCAGAAGGAGAUAUUCCUGUACGAUCGCGACCUCUUUGCCCUCCCGGCGCCUGAGAACCUCGACCACCUCGUUCCGCCCGAGCCGCUUCCCAAGGACUUCCAGCCCGGGAAGCCGCCUGACACCCUCUCCAACCAGAACGACCUCGCAGCAUGGCAGAACUUGUUCAAAGCGCGCCGCGACUGGGCCCUGGGCCUGCGCGAGCAGUGUCGCUCCAUGGCUCAGGCCGCCGCCGAGUGCGUGAGCGAGCAGGCCGUCGUCGAGCGCGGCGUGCGCGUCGCCACCAGCAACCAUGAGACGCACAUCCGGAGUCUGGAGCAGAAACAGCAGGAGGCGCGCGCCUGGUUCGACGCCGUGGCCAAGGAACAGGACGAGUGCGUGCAGUCGUGGGAGGCCGAUCUUGCCCGGCUGAGCUCCAUACCCGCCAGCCAGCAGUUCCGCCGCUUCAUCUCCACCCUUGGCAAUGAUACCCCGCGUAAGCCGUCCAGGAAGAAUAGCGACGCUCGGGCCUCUUUGGAUACCUUUGUAAAUGUGGACAAGGCCAGAAAGGCGGCGGCGGUCAGCAACACGGUUUUGGAUGACCUGGAAGGCCGCAUCGUAGAUAUGGACAAGCAGAUUGAGAAGAUCAGGGCCGAGUACAAUGAAUUGCAGAACGCCGUGGACCAGAGCCAGAUGCACUCCUCGUACAACUACCAGGACGAACCAAUGCGCUUAUUUGAGGAGAUCGAUGUGCUAGCAAAGAAGGUCGACUCGGACUACGAGCACGUUCUCGGCCUCCCGGCACUCCCAAAGUCGGUUGCGCAGGCUUCGAAGAUGGCGCUGCUCCAUACCCGGAACUAUCUCCCCUCCCUCACGGACUACAGUGGGGAGAUGAGCGAUCUGCUCAAGCAUUCUGUGGAGCGGAAGAAUUCGGCCGUUCGGCUCGCUCUCGAGCACCUCCAGACGAUUGCGGGCAUAGAGUCGACCCUCGCUGGUGCCAAUGCCUCGAUCGCAUCGAUUGAAAUUGCCCCAGAGAGUCAGGAUGCCCUUGAGGCUCUAUCGAUCAUUUCUAAGAUGCCAUACAUCUACGGUAUUCUCCUGAUCGAAGCUGUGCGAAGGCAUGAGUGGGCGGAGAAAUUGAAAAAGGACUCCUCCUCCUUAGCUGAGGAGAUAGCUGGCUACCGGGAUGAGGAAGAAAAAAGGAGAAAGAGGUGGCUGAAGAGCAACGGCGACGUUAUCAAUCUGGAUGCCGCUCACGACAAUGCUAUCGGAAUCGAUAUCAACGUUACAGGCCAGGACGUAGGCUGGCCUUCAGUCACCCGCCAGGACUUCCAGGAUUACCUGAAUCUUUUGAACACUAUCGGUGGACUCGAAAGUAUCGUGGAAUUACUUGCUCAGGCUUUCAAGGAUAUCGACCGCCCAACUCGACAACAAAUCAAGCAUGCGAAGGGCUUCAAGACAGGAAGCGUGCAUGACGGGCUGGGUAAAGGUUCGCUUCUCUUGCGUGGAGAAGACGAGACGCGAGUCCUUAGAGAGUCGAUGUCAAAGCUGGAAGAAGAGUUGAAGAGUUCUAAGAGCAGGGUCCGGAAGCUUGAGGAUCUGCUUCACCGUCAAAGCCACAUCAGCCGUUUGUCCAUUGGGAGCGGAGUUGCCCCACCAAGCUCCCAGUUGCCGGAUACCCCUACGGAUCCGUAUCCUCCUGUUGCUUCACCACAACUACAGGAAAAUCCCGCUCGCCAGUCCUCGGUCUCGUCUCGGAGGUAUUCUUCCAACAAGAGUCCCGAGGAACGAGCCCUAGCCCAGCGGAUAGUGCAGCUUGAGAACGAACUAAGGGUGGAAAAGGAGGCCCGGAUCAACCUUGAGAAGGAGCAUUCGGCACGUGCUGAUGCUGUCAAUGACCUCCAAAAACAUGUUGAAGAACGCAGGUCCACGAACAAGGACCUCAUGGAGAACAUGGAAGCGAUGCAGAAGGAUUGGUCUGACGAACGCCGAUCACUUGAAGACGAAAUUAAAAGGCUUCGCUACAGACUUGAAGAGCUCGAAGAAGAACUUGACAGGAACUUGGGAAGUCGCGAUAAUGAAAGAGCAGGCUAUGACGAGAGAAGACAGGCACUGGAAGCCGAACUGGACCAAGUUCGCAGGGAUGCGGAUGAGGAAGUUCAACGAGAGAAAGAGCGGGCUGAGGCUGCUGAACACACCAUUCAGGAGCUUGAAGCUGUCCAGUCUGAGCGGAAAAUUACCUUGCAGAGCGCCUUCUCCUCGUUGGCAAAGAAUGAGGCCCUCCCUGAGAACAGCGCCAUGCUAGCUUCGGAGCUUGAAAAGCUUGCGCAGAGGUCCAAGGAUUACGCUCGCGAGCUUGCUGAGGCUGUUGAGAAGGCUAAAUCGGAGAACGAGGCGCUCACUACUGCUGCUGCGAAGCAGCGGAAUGACCUCGAGGCUCGAAUCAGAACGCAUGAAGCGGAGAUUGCGCAGAAGAGUGAGGAACUUGCGGCCGAGAGUGCCAAGGUCAAGUCUUUAGCCGAAGAGCUGAAGGAUGAACGAGGGCAUCUGGAAGACCUGCGAAUGAAGUUCGCUGAGGGAGAGACGGGUGCCGAUGCCCUACGUCAACGUGUCACGGAAGAGGAGGCCAAAGUCGAGCGCCUUUCUACCGAACUCGCAGAGGCAAAGGUCCAUGUCACGACCCUCGAGAAGUCUCUGGCAGAACUACAGGACAAGUACGCCGCGCUGCAGGCCAAUUCGACCAAUGGUGAAUCUAGAUCCGAACAACAGGCGAAGCGUGCCCGAGAUCUCUCUGAGAAGCUGCUUGCAAACAACGAUCGACUGCACAGGCUUUUAGAAACGCUCGGAUUCGCCAUCACGCACCAAGACAACCAGAUGGUGAUCCAGCGGGCUUCGAAGGUCGCGGGCCAGAGCACAGUUAUCCCUACAGAUGCAUCUGCAGCAAUGAACCGCAGCGUGUCGUCGCCGUCGCCGUCGCAGAAACCUCUUGAGAGUUCUCAAAUGCUAGAGGCCCUCAAAUGGACGGAGCAAGAGAACCCUGACAUGGAAGAAGUCAAGUUUGUGGAGUUCAUGGCUACCGUCAAGCGCUUUGAUAUCGACACUUUCAGCGAAGCCAUCACGAAGCGUAUGAGGGAUAUGGAGCACACUGCGCGCAAGUGGCAGCGCGAAGCCCGCACUUAUCGUGACAAGUCUCACAGAUACCAAAGCGAAGCGCACGAGAAAAUUGCUAUCCGCGGAUUCAAAGAGGGGGACCUCGCUCUCUUCUUGCCCACACGCAACCAAGCUACUCGUCCCUGGGCAGCCUUCAAUGUCGGCGCGCCACACUAUUUCCUUCGCGAACAAGAGUCGCACCGCUUGCACAGCAAAGAGUGGCUGGUUGCGCGCAUCACAAAGGUUGAGGAGCGCGUCGUUGAUCUCUCGAAGUCAAUGGACGGUACGCGUGGCAGCGACGGCCGCUCCAUAACUAGCGAGCGCAGCGGCGUCUCGUAUGAGGACGACAAUCCAUUCGAACUGUCCGAUGGCCUGCGUUGGCAUCUAGUCGAAGCGGCAGAAGAGAAGGUCGGUGCGCCGCUCACGCCUGGCUUGGGAAAGAGUACAGUCGACAGCACCAAGGUAGACGCGAAGGGCAGCAUCCGCAUGAAGAAGAGCCUGAUCGGCAACGACGCGAGUAAGACGCUGAACAAGAGUCUGGAUAGCCGUCGCAGCAGCGCGGGCAGCAAGCGCAGCAUGACCGUUGGCAGCGUCAGCAACAACAACAAUGGCAGGACUGCAGCAGGCCCCUCCGGAGCAGACCAACAGGUUGGUGCCGAGGCGGCCGGAGGAGUGGGCGAAGAGGUCAGAGCACCCGUCCAGUAA